AUGAAUAUCACCGGUGUAAAAUUGAUUCUUUCCAGUAUUCUUUUUCUGAGCACAUUCUUAUGUAUAACUAUACCAAUUUGUCUAUUUACAUGGAUUAAAAAUCAACAUAAAACAAAUUUAACAAAAUCUCAUUUCAAAUUAUUUUCUUUCAAUACAUUUAUUAGUUGUAUAACUUGUUUUGGUGGUGGUAUUUUCCUUGGUAUAUGUUUACUUGAUUUAUUACCGGAAACUAUUUAUCAUAUUAAUAUGACAAUUAAAAAUGAAUUUCAAUAUGAUAAUCAAUUAUUAAAACGGUAUCCUAUUGCUGAAUUAUUAAUUGGUUUUGGAUUUUUUCUUGUUUUAUUUAUCGAACAGAUAAUUUUAUCAGUUAGUUCUAAUUCUACACAAUCCAUAGCACAGAUAAAUAAAAAACCAACAAUUAUUAUGCCACAUGACGAUGAAGAAACAUCUUUUAUUAAUGAUCAAGAUUCGUUAGUGAAUACAAAUUUAACUAAUGAACAUCGUUUUGAUAUCAAAGAAUAUAAAGAAGAUAUAACAAUUAAGAAAAAUCGUGUAUUAAUAACAAGAAAUUCAAUUUUAAUACUUUCUUUAAUAAUUCAUUCCGUAUUCGAAGGUAUUGCACUUGGUUCAACAAAUGAAUAUAAAUCAGUUAUAGAAUUAUUUUUUGCUAUUAUUAUUCAUAAAUCUAUAAUUGCAUUUAGUGUCGGAUUAAAAUUAAUGAACAUAACAAAUAAACGUUUAGUUUAUCUUGCUUGCUUUUUAUUAUCAAUUGCAACACCUGUUGGAGUUUUACUUUUAAUUAGUAUGCAAGAAUUAUUACCAGACAAUCGUGCAGCAAAAUUAACUCAUGACAUUCUACGUGCUUUUGCAUGUGGAACAUUUUUUUAUAUAACAUUUUUCGAUGUUUUACCACAUGAACUAAAUAUAUCGUCUCAUCAUCGACAUUUCUCAUCCAAUACUGUAAAUCGUUAUCGACUUCUCAAUGUUAUAUGUAUAUUUAUUGGCUUUGGCUUUAUUGCGUUUUUAUCAUUUUUAAUGAAAUAA